CUUUGGACUGCGUGUUGGUGGCGGGAGGGGUCUAUUGGGUACUCUGCGUACCUGCAUUAAGGCAUCUAUUGGGUACUAUUCUUGGGUCUAGUAGUAUUAGUAGUACUAGUAGUAGUAACUAACCCCAUCCAAGGGGUAAAGCGUCCAGAUGCAGUCCGUGGUCGGAAUUCCUACCUUUGCUACCCUAAUCCAUCUUCGGAGGCAUCGACCUUGAAGGCUUUUCUUUGCUAGGGAUGUAAAAGAAAACGGUCUACUAAUCAGAAUGGUCCUCGUCCUCUUCAACAUAGGGGAUCGCAGGAUGAUCCUCUUCAAGAUGGGAGAUCACUAUUCUACAAUGAGAAGCUAUGCUCGUCAUAACAAGAUGGGUGGGGAUUAGGCUAUGAAUGCGUAUGCUCACAAUGUAGAACUACUAGGGUGAGCUCUCUAAUCGAAAAGAUGAUCAAAGUUGCAAUGAAAAUUAACGAUGGCACGACAGAGACGCAGGAGUGGGACUGGAGGCAGCAGGGCCACUCCUUGGAUUUCCGUCUUUUGUGCCUCGGGUUAAGAGUGGUUGUAAAUUUUUAGUCCUCGUCUGGAUGCUGAUGUAAAUGUAGACUAUCAUAAUUGUCUAUUUUUGGCACUGAUAUUUUUUCUUGAUGAGGGUUGGCGUUGCUGUACUUCCUGAAUGGGUUAAAAAAUUCAAAAAAACUUGGACGUAAGAGCAGUCCUGCUUAGGCUUGAAGUGUAAGUGACUUAUCGUUUAGUCCUUGUUAAGGUUCUUGAAGUGUAAGUGGCUGAUCGUUUUUCCACAAACUGGCACAUGCCCUAACUUGUUUCGCAGUCGUGUUCUGUGUUACCAGCUUCCUUCAAAUUUACGUUUCGGG